UUUCCACCCACGCACCCCUCUUUGCACCCCCUUCAGGAGCGGGGAAGUGAAGCGCGUGACCCGCGGGCGGACCAGGACCCGGGACUCGCUCCCGGCCCGUGAGCGCGGGGGUUCCCACGAGGCGCGGGCCAGGCACCCGGAAGCAAGCCCCGUGCCGGAUCCCGCCCGCCCUGCCUUGGGAGGGCCUUUCUUCCUGCGUAGCUUCGCCCGGCCGCUGAGCAGGAAGGUCGCCUUCGCUUUCGUGGCGCCCAGCCCGGAAUCCCGGCGCGUUCACACGUUCCUUGGGGUUUGGGGGGGAAAACCCGCAGGAUGCCGGAGCGCGGCCGCUGAGCGGGACUCUCGGGGUGGCGGAUCCCGCGUCGUGACGGCCCUGGCAGGGAUGGCUGCGGCCGAGGCGGCCGGAGAAGACGCCGCGGAGAGGCACUGCUGGGUCUGCUUCGCCACCGAGAGCGAUGACCGGUCGGCAGAGUGGGUCUGCCCCUGCCGUUGCAAGGGCUCCACCAAGUGGAUCCACCAGGCCUGCCUCCAGCGUUGGCUCGACGAGAAGCAAAAAGGCAACAGCACAGGCAGUGUGAGCUGCCCUCAGUGUGGCACGGAGUAUCACAUCAUCUUCCCCAAUCUGGGACCUUUGGUGUAUUUCCUGCAGCAGGUGGACCGGGUUCUGUCCAAAGUCAGCCCUUUUGCUGCGGCUGGGAUUGUGGUGGGGACCUUGUACUGGUCUGCGGUCACCUAUGGCGCUGUGACUGUAAUGCAGGUCGUUGGCCAUAAGAAAGGCUUGGACAUCAUGGAGAGGGCAGACCCGCUUUUCCUGCUCAUGGGGCUUCCCACCAUCCCUGUCAUGCUGGUCCUGGGCAAGAUGAUCCGGUGGGAAGAUUACGUGCUGCGGGUCUGGCGGAAAUACUCCAGCAAGCUGCAGGCGCUGCAGACCUUGGUACCUGGGGUCAGCCGCCCAGGCCUGCACGUCCCGCUGCCGGAGUCGCGCUACCCGAGCGACCACCUCUCCAUCUCGCGCACCCUUUGCGGGGCCUUGGUCUUCCCCUCCAUCGCCAACCUCGUGGGCAGGGUCAUGUUCCGCAGAGUGAAUUCCAGCCUGCAGCGCACCGUCCUGGGUGGAAUUGCAUUUGUCGCCAUCAAGGGAGCACUGAAAGUCUACUUCCGCCAGCAGCAAUACUUGAUCCAAGCGAAUCGGCGCAUCCUCAACUUUGUGGAGAAAGAGGAAACGGAGAAGGAUUCGGCACAGCUUGAGGAGGACAGCGGGAGCGAAGCCGGACUGAGCUAGGCUGUAGACUGUGCUGGGGGAACGGGGUCCGGAUGCUUCCAGGUUCAGCAGAGAAAACCGUUUUCUCUCCAAGACGGAUCUUCGGCUGCCUGCUUCCACUCUGAAAGGAAGACAUGGAUGGCCAGGAGGGGCUUCUCUGCUGUGUGUUUGGGCAAGAGCCUGGACUGGGAAGGGUCGGACUCCACAAGGGGCAUUACUACGAGCUCUUCUAAGCAGUGGCACAGUCCUACAUUUGGGAGGGCAAGUGCCCAUCAGAAAAAUCCCUUUAGUCAACCUCCCUUCCCAAAAGCAGAGGCCACAAAUGCAGGGAGCCGGAUUGGUCUGUACCAACACAUGGGGAGCAGGUCUUUUACGAAGUUAACGGCUCUUAAUGACCUUUUACAA